ACCAGCCUCGACUGUAUUGUGGACAGACACCCGGUGGUGCUGCUGUGAGCUAGUCGCGGGUGCGUUGCGUCCGGUGGGAAUGGCGUCGUCGGCCGGCGGGUACGUGGACGUGCCGCUGGGCGGCGGCGGAGGCGAGGGGGAGCAGCAGCACCAUGCGGCGCCGACGACGGGGCCGGUGAUGCGGAAGCAGCCGUCGAGGCUGGCGUCGGGGAUGAAGCGGCUGGCGUCCAAGGUGUCGUCGAUGCGGGUUCCGGACUCCGUCAUGGGCCUGAAACGGAGCCACUCCAGCGCGCAGCCGGCGCUGCGCGGGCUGCGGUUCCUCGACAAGACGGCGGCGGGGAAGGACGGAUGGAAGUCCGUCGAGAAGCGGUUCGACGAGAUGAGCGCCGACGGACGCCUCCACCAGGAGAGCUUCGCCAAGUGCAUCGGUAUGGCGGACUCCAAGGAAUUCGCAAGCGAGGUGUUUGUGGCAUUGUCGAGGAGAAGGAAGAUAGAACCAGCUGAUGGGAUAACCAAAGAACAGCUCAAGGAAUUCUGGGAGGAGAUGUCCGACAAUAACUUUGAUUCACGGCUACGCAUAUUUUUUGACAUGUGUGACAAGAAUGGCGAUGGAAAGCUCACAGAAGAUGAGGUCAAAGAGAUUAUCGUGCUGAGUGCCUCAGCAAACAAGCUUGGCAACUUGAAGAAACAUGCCGGGACCUAUGCCUCGCUGAUCAUGGAAGAGCUAGACCCUGAUGGUCGCGGUUACAUUGAGAUUUGGCAGCUGGAGAAGCUACUCCGAGGGAUGGUGAUGGCCGAGGGGACAUUAGAUCAGAUGGACCAAGCGUCAACAAGCCUUGCGAAGACAAUGGUUCCUUCCAGUCACCGGACCCCAAUGCAGAGACGUAUCAGCACGACCAUUGACUUCAUCCAUGAGAACUGGAAGAGGAUAUGGGUUAUCACGUUGUGGAUAAUCGCCAACAUUUGCCUGUUUAUAUACAAGUUUGUGCAGUACAAGAGGCGGGAAGUGUUCGAUGUGAUGGGCUACUGUGUAUGCAUCGCUAAGGGUGCCGCUGAGACAACCAAGCUGAACAUGGCACUUAUACUCCUCCCAGUGUGCCGAAACACGCUGACAUCGCUCAGGUCGACUGCACUGAGCAACGUCAUACCGUUUGACGAUAACAUUAACUUCCACAAGGUCAUUGCACUGGGAAUUGCAAUUGGAGCGGGUACCCAUACGGUUGCUCACCUGACCUGCGACUUCCCAAGGUUGGUGUCGUGCCCAAGGGACUUGUUCCAGGAAAAGCUGGGGCCCUUUUUCAACAAUGUCCAACCGACAUGGGGAACUCUGGUGGCAAGCACUCCAGGGUGGACCGGAAUCCUCCUGAUCCUCAUAAUGUCAUUCUCCUUCACGCUGGCGACACAUUCCUUCAGGAGGAGUGUCGUGAAGCUGCCGUCGCCGCUCCACCACUUGGCUGGUUUCAAUGCCUUCUGGUAUGCCCACCAUCUGCUGGUGCUUGCAUAUAUCCUCCUGGUGAUGCACUCCUACUUCAUAUUCCUCACCCCGGAGUGGUACAAAAGAACGGGAUGGAUGUACUUAGCCGUUCCGGUUCUCUUCUAUGCUUGCGAGAGAAUUAUCAGAAGAAUUCGCGAGAACAGUUAUGAUGUGACCAUCAUUAAGGCAGCAAUUUACCCAGGAAAUGUGCUCUCUAUUCACAUGAAGAAGCCCCCUACUUUCAAAUACAAAAGUGGGAUGUACCUUUUUGUAAAAUGCCCAGAUGUUUCGCCUUUCGAAUGGCAUCCCUUCUCCAUCACUUCUGCACCUGGAGAUGACUACUUGAGUGUACAUAUCCGGACAUUAGGUGACUGGACAUCAGAACUCAGGAACAUAUUUGGGAAGGCCUGUGAAGCAGAAGUAAGUUCCAAGAAGGCUACACUUUCAAGACUUGAAACAACAGUCAUAGCACAUGGUAUGACAGAUGAGACUAGGUUUCCCAAGGUCUUUAUAGAUGGCCCUUUUGGUGCACCAGCUCAAAAUUACAGGAAAUAUGACAUUCUUUUGCUUAUUGGGCUUGGAAUCGGUGCAACUCCUUUCAUCAGCAUACUGAAGGAUCUCCUGAACAACAUAAAGUCAAAUGGAGAGCAGCAAAGCAUGCAUGACGAGGAGUUAGGAUGCACCUUUAAGAGCAAUGGGCCAAGCCGAGCUUACUUUUAUUGGGUGACCAGGGAACAAGGCUCCUUCGAAUGGUUCAAAGGUGUCAUGAAUGAAGUUGCUGAAAGCGAUCGCGAUAACGUAAUAGAGAUGCACAACUACCUGACCAGCGUGUAUGAGGAAGGCGAUGCAAGGUCAGCUCUGAUUGCCAUGGUUCAAUCACUCCAACAUGCAAAAAAUGGUGUGGAUAUCGUCUCCGGCAGCAAGAUUCGGACACAUUUUGCAAGGCCAAACUGGAGAAAGGUGUUCUCUGAUUUGGCCAAUGCUCACAAGAACGCCCGUAUAGGUGUUUUCUACUGUGGAUCUCCAACACUUACAAAAACACUCAGGGAUCUUUCAGUAGAAUUCAGCCACACAACAACGACACGGUUCCAUUUCCACAAGGAGAACUUCUAAGGUCAGGCCAACAAGAAAUUCAGUAGCAUCCUAGCAUCGGGUAGCAGUUCUAGCUAUAGUUCUAGCUCUGCAAAAGUGUCGUCAGGAGCUGGGGCAUUGGUGUACAAACUACAAGGUGUUAAAAGUAUGCGGCAUCAGUUAGUGCUGCUGCCGUGGCAGCCGUGCAUAGAUAGGAGGAGGAAAGUGAUGUAUUUUUAUUUAUCAGCAAGAUUGCUUCUUAGAAUAAUUCAGACCUUAAACAGGCAAUUGGCUAGGUUCAAAAUUGAUCGGAUGAAGCUAAGUUGUCUCAAAAUUGAAAAUGAGUUAGUUUAUUGAAA